CGCUGUAGUGACGGCUCCGGCAGCCGCGUGAGGCGCAAGGCCUAAAUUUCUAGGCCGGUGCCCCUCCGCGUAGCACUUGGGGGCAGGCAAGAUGUCGGACAUCGCGGACUGGAUCGGGGGCAUCCCGCUGAUCACGCGCUACUGGUUCUUCCUCACCGUCGGGUUCACCAUCGUCGGCAAGAUCGGCUUGGUCAAUCCCUACUACCUCGUCCUCUUGUCGGAUCCCUUCUUCAAACAGUUCCAGAUAUGGAGGCCGAUCAGCGCAAUGUUGUUUUACCCAGUCAACCCAAUGACUGGGUUUCAUUAUCUGGUGAAUUUAUAUUUUUUGUAUCAGUAUUCAUCACGACUAGAAACAGGUUUGUUCGAUGGACGGCCAGCUGACUACCUGUUCCUGCUUCUCUUUAACUGGACCUGCAUAGCUAUUGCUUCCUUGACCGUGGGCCUCAGGGUGAUGAUGGUGGCCGGAGUCAUGUCCGUGAUUUACAUCUGGGCCCAGGCGAACAAAGACGUGACUGUAUCGUUUUUGUUUGGGACGCAGUUUAAGGCAUUCUAUUUACCGUGGGUUAUCCUGUUGUUCAACUUGAUCGUUUCAAGCGCUUUCAUCGAAGAGCUGAUUGGCAAUCUGGUCGGCCACCUGUUCUUUUUCUUAAUGUACAAAUAUCCAUUAGACUUGGGAGGACGAAGUUUCCUGUCAACACCUCAGAUUCUGUACCGCUGGCUGCCCAACCGGAGAGGAGGAGUGUCGGGAUUUGGCGUCCCACCCGCCAGCUGGCGCAGACCGGCAGACGACCACCAGGGCGGCGGAAGGCACAACUGGGGCCGGGGUUUUCGACUGGGCGAGCAAUGAAAGGAAGGAAGACCCUCUGCCGCUUUGGUUCCCCCUCCCCCCUUUGAGGAACACCUUCAGCUGCACGUGGGAAGGACUAGUACUGUGGAACACCCACAAGGGCCAGCUGGGCUCUAGUGCUGUCGAGUCUCUGAGCUAUAAAGGGUUUUUAAAAAAUGGUUCCUGGCGGGAGAUGACGUAACCGAACACACGAGGUAGAUUUGGUUCAGUGCUACUAUUAAAAACGCCCCCCC